CGCCUGCGGAUCUCACCAGGGAGGAUCUUAGUCUGGGUGUGGCAGCCAAGGUGUGUCUGUGUGUUGACUCACUUUCAGAUACCAGGACUUAGACUAAAGUCUUCAGGUCCCAUUCAGACAACAAGUGCAAGAUCAGACGAGUUUUCUUCUUCUUUUAACGCUGUGAGAAAUAUAUCCUCUGUCAGUCUUUAGACGGUCAACUGCCGGACGAGUUCCGCUUUACGGCAAAGUGCAUUGAACGUCUAAAAAAUGGCGAAUGUUUUAAUUUUCAACCUCUGCUUGGCGUUGGUGCUGUCCGGUGUGGAGUCAUGUUUUAUUCCGGACUCUCUGUACAUAAUUGUGCCACGAACCAUUCAGACCGGGCGAAAAAUAACUACAGUUGAAGUUGCCGACUGCGACACCAACUCUAUGAUCUUUACUUUGAGCGACCCCAAUUUCCAAAUAAGACAGAAUGGCGCAAUAGAAGCUCUAAGGCCUGUUUCAGUGUCGGGAACAGGGCGGACAUUUUCUGUGUGGGUCCGGGACAACAAUGGACCGGAAAGUGAGAUGGUUGUCCACCUUGUGCACAGUGCAAUACAGGAAAAAAAGCACAGUCCCUCAAACUAUCUGAAGCGAGUCAAGAGACGUUGGAGUCCACCACCCUUCAACAUAUUAGAGAAUGAUGAGGGACCUUAUCCAAGAGACAUUGAAGAGAUUGUGUCGGACUCUGAAGCCAGGCAAACAGUGUACUACACCAUCAGUGGACCGGGUGUCAAUCAGCAUCCAGUGGGAGUGUUUUCUCUUGACAGGGAUUCUGGGAUGUUGGUUGUACACAAACCAGUUGAUCGUGAGAAAUUCCCAAAGUUUACAUUAAUGAUCAGAGUUUUCAACAGAAUUACUAACGUGGAGACAGACCUGCCUUUGGACCUUCAAGUAAUUGUAGAUGAUGUGAAUGACAACGCUCCAACAUUCAUAGACCCACUACAAUUCACAGUGCUUGAGCACAGCCCCCCAGGGACAAUUGUGGGGAAGGUGAAUGCUGAAGACAUAGACGAAGUGGGAAGUCUCCACGUCAAGAUCAAGUACACUCUUGAGAAUGGAUUCAACCGGUUUGCCAUUCACCCAGUCACUGGUGUCAUCACCACAACCACCAACACCCUGGAUAGAGAGGCAAAAGACAAGUAUUUGGUGAAAGUAAUAAUCAAAGACAUGGACGGUGCAAAUACAGGUCUGUCCAACACAGGAACAGCAACCAUUACUGUCACUGAUAUCAACGACAACCCGCCAACUUUCACAGAAACUUCUUAUACAGUCGAUGUCCCAGAAAACGUAAAGGAAAGACUUAUCCUCAGAAUUCCCAUUGAAGAUAAAGAUUUAAUAAACACACCAAACUGGAGGUCAAAAUUUGUCAUAAACCAAGGAAAUGAAAAAGGAAAUUUCAGGAUUGACACUGACCCCGAAACAAACGAAGGGCUUCUGUAUGUCUCAGAGCCCUUAGAUUACGAGCAGAACCAAAAUGUGAAGCUUGAGAUUAUGGCACGUAAUGAAGCUGACCUGACUGGCACCACAUCCAGAUGGGUGUCCAUCCCUGUGGAUGUCAACGUCGUCAAUGAAGAUGAGGGUCCGGCCUUCACGGCUCCUACUGUCCGCUACCCUGUCAAAGAGAACACAGCCAACGGCACACUGAUAGGAAGUUACAUUGCUCUCGAUCCUGAGACCGAGAGCAGCAACGGCAUCAAGUAUUACAAGACCUCAGACCCAGCUUCAUGGAUCAACGUUGACAGAGAUACCGGAGAGCUGAGGGUGGCGAACACAAUUGACAGAGAGUCACACUUUGUCCAUGAUGGAAUUUACAACAUCACCGUCAAGGCUGUUGAUGCUAACUUAAAGACAGGAACAGGAACAGUCAUUAUUGUGGUGGAGGAUGUCAACGACCACAUGCCGAUGCUUCCCAAAAGCGAGAUGGUGGUCUGUGAGCAGGUCGGGCAGCUGGGCUCUGUGAUGGUUGUGGCUGAAGACCACGACCAGUCCCCCUUAUCCUCCCCCUUCAGCUUCAGUCUGCCAAAGGAUAGCGACGGCAAAUGGUCUUUGACUAAAUAUAAUGACACGGCAGCUACGUUGAAGCAUGUGAAAGACCUUCCUAGAGGGAUAUAUGAAGUCCCACUGGACGUUACAGAUCUGCAGGGCUCUGGUAAAACUCAGGUGGCUCAGGUGAGGAUUUGCGAGUGCAGGAAUGGAGUCUGCUUGGACAAGGACCACUCGACGUCUUUAGGCCCCAUGGGAAUACUGGCUCUGCUGCUGCCUCUGUUGCUCCUCCUGCUGCUCGGCUUGCUGCUCGCCUUUUUCUGCACGACAAAGAGAGAGAGUAUAGAACUGGAAGAUGAAGGAGACAGUGGAGGAAUCCUGCUCAAAUCAAACACGGAGGCCCCAGGGGAAGAAGUGGAUACAAGUCUCAUCACUGUCCCAAUCAACGGGGGGGAAGUUACAAAGGGCUCAUAUCAGGGGAACUUUGGGACUCCAGGAGGAACGUGGACAGGGAACGGAGGAACAUGGAACGGGAACGGAGUCUUGCAAGAGGAGGCGAUAUAUACGAAAAAUGGCCAAGGCGAUAUGCAAGAUUUCUAUACCACCCAGUAUGAGCAGUACGGUCAACAGCAAGGUCUUGGUAGUGGUCAGGGUAGUGGAAUGGCCUUUGACAGCAGAUACCUCACCCAGGACUCCACCGUUCUCCACAACUGGCAAACAAAUGGCCGCUAUCUAGACCAGAAACUGAUCCACUUUGGAACAGAGGGGGACGGGCGGUACGCAGAAGACGUCAUCCACUCCUAUGGGUUUGAGGGGGUGGGCUCUGCAGCUGGCUCUGUGGGAUGCUGCAGUGACUUUGGCGACAACGAUAACCUCGACUUCGUCAACACGCUCGGACCAAAGUUCAAAACUCUGUCAGAGGUCUGCAGAAAGACAUGAACAAUGGAGCGCAAAAAGUAAUGGUGUUAAUGCCUCACUGUACAGGAUGUAGAGAGGCCUGAGCGCUUGGUAUGCUCCUGAACAUGAAUGAGAAAAAGAACAAUCUUGCAGUGUCACUGUUUGCUAUGCUAUCACUUUUUGUUGUUAGUUUGGCUUUUUGGGAGAAAAAAAGGUUGCACUGAAAACUAUGCAAAUGUAGUGAGUUGUACAUAUUUUGUGUUUUUUAUGUGCUGUCCAUAUAUCCAUAAGCUUAACCUGUGCUUCUCCUUGUGAAAGGUCGGGGGGGGGAGGGGAUUGUUUUUGCAGGGUCAUAAUUGUAUUAAUGUAAGUAGCGCAGGGCUGACGGGUUUUUCUAUCUGCUGAAUGAGUCCUAACUUUGGUUAUUUUGGAUUUGUAAAUAAUCUCUGUUCACUGUCUAUGACAUUUGAGUGGCUGACUUUAAAUUGCUUGCAAAAUGAUGUAGUUUUGAUAUGUUUUUUUAAAGAAAAAGAAAACUAAUAAAUAACUAAAUGAAAUAAGAC